CUCUGUUCACUCCUUUUAUCUUCUCUCCCUACCACCCAUCUUUUCACUAUCCACUCUUUCGCGCGCAACAAUCUGCCGAUAAAUAAAUCAACCAAUAACGUAGAGGGAAAGCGGCGCGCUUCUCUGAAGAAGAGUUAGAAACAACGUGGGGCCACUAGGGCUCUUAAGGGCACGUUCACCUCGACAGGCACAAGCACGAGCACAAGUGAAGGCAUAGACGUAGACAUCGCCGACACAAUCGACACCUUCAUUGCUACCGCAUCGGCCGCUGUUGAUUGCAUAGACAAUAUCAGCUCUGUUGGCGACGCUAUCAAUCUGCAUACUAGUAUGUCACACUCACCUACCACAUCGACGAAUGUUAUGGGCACAACAACCACAGCCACACCCACAAUUGCGCCUAUUCUAGACUCACAUCCAAUGAUUGGCUCUAAGGGUAACAUAUUUACUGAAAGUGAUGUUGAUCCAAAUAAGCCUAUCACCUCUUCAUAUACUCAGCAGCAGGAUCAGGAACAACCCACAGGAUAUAAGACAGAAUCUGCUAUUUUUGAGAAUGCUGCUUUAAAUUCUCAAGAACGGGAUAGUACUGCUGUCUCGAAGAGCACUGAGGUUGGGGCUCUAGAUUCUGGAGUUGCUUCGAACUUGCAGGCAGAUCAAGCAUACCAAUUAGACCAAGGUCAGCUGCUGAAUACAAGUGAAGCUGAAGUUACUAUGGACGCCCAAAGAUCUGAUGGUACUGCCUUAAGUUUAUCUUCAUGGGAUGUCGCCAAUGAGCAUGUCGCGACGGUGGUCUUGCAGUGCUUAAACAGGGAUAGAGAUAUGGAGCUAUCAUAUGUUGCAAUUUUAUCUGCCAUCACUGUUUUACAGAGCAAACAAGAUCAGUCUCCAGAAUUAGAGCAUAAUGAUCCAUUAUCACCCCUCUAUCGUCAACUUCAGGAAUCAAGCAAUGCUGUUGCAAAGAUGUAUUCGCAAAUCAUGAAGAUCAUAUGCCGCUCUAACAUCGCAGAGGAGCUUGGCAAAGAGAUUCUUCGACAAGGAGUCAUGUCACCGGAGGCAAUGUUUACCCGAUAUGAUCUGGAGGAUGGUGCUCACAUUGCCAUGGCCCAAUAUUGGAUCGAACGUAAGAAGUUUGACGAGGCUCAGGAUUGUCUUGGUCGAAUCGAGCCAGUGCGAUGGACUGGACCUGUGUACCGUAAUAUGAUUACAUGCCUUCUCUUUUCCAGACCACGACAGCUUCAAGAAGCUGAAUCUCUGCUACAAAAAUAUAUCAGCUUCCUGAGGGAAAGUAGGCAACAGAAUGUAGACGAAGAAUCCAAGGCUAGAUCAUGGUUCAAACUACAAGUGGAUGCAUCCAAGUGGGAAGAGAUAAAGAUGCAAUACGAGCGGAGGCGCUCUCGCCUUGUCGAAGGGUCAUCCAACGCCGAGCACAAAGAAAUUUCUACAGGCCCCGAAGCCAAGCUGACGCCCCAGGCACUUCGGCAGCAUGAGCUUCAGGCGUCUCCACAACGACAAGAACCUAUACAAGCACGCAGCAAAUCUGUGGCAUCAUCACUAGCUUCUUCUCUUCGUCAGCAAAGAUCAUCAUUCAGUCAUCAUCGUACCCCUUCAAUAGCAUCAGCGUGGCCAUCUGGAGCCACGACCACAUCCUCAAUAGCAUCAGCAUGGCCAUCUGGAGCCACGACCACGUCCUCAAUAGCAUCAGCGUGGCCAUCUGGAGCCACGACCACAUCUGCGAACCUCGCACUGAACACAACUACGCAGUCAUCAGCACCAGCCAAGGGGACAUUUUCGUUCUUUUCAACUCUCAAAUUUACAAAGGCUACCGAUGAAAACUCGAGUACAUCGUCGGUGGUACUUCCUAGUCGACUAAAUGUGAAUCAUCAUCUUACUGUUCUCGAUAAUGGCAUGUUGGAAGAGUGCAUCACCUAUAGAGAAUUCGAGUAUGGUUGGAAGCACAUUUAUGAGAAAAUGGGGCCUACUUUGGAGAAUGCAGAUACUGCCAAGAUUGCGAUGCGCCUAUGUAGACAUGCUUUUCUAGGACACAAUGGCCUUGACACUCAUCACCCUGGAUUGCCUAAUAUAGUCGCUAGUGACAUCCAUUUUGAUGAUGAUGACUUUGACACCAGCGGGUUGCAGAAUAAGGAGCCAAUGAAACAUGAUCCAGAGUUGUGGGAAGUACGUGGAUGGGUCGUAUACAACAAAGCGAUGACGAACCCACAUACUUUUCUAUCGAGCAAGUCUGGCCCUUCAUAUUCACAUUCCUCUAAUCCUUCCACAAAUCCUGCAGUGGUUCAGGGCGCCUUGGGAGCCCAAUCUAUAUCCAUAAAUAAUGGAGUGUCAGCUGUGUCAUUGUUCCUACACGAUAUUUUGACUAUUGCGGUCCGAUCUCCAGAGAUCUCUUCGCGCUACCUGAAGGCCUUCAAAGUGUAUAGCGCUAUCCGAAGCGAUACCCAGAAUCAAGGCUACCUGCGUGACCCAUUUGUGAUGUCCUGUAUGAUCAAGGCUAUAUAUGAUGCUACACUAUCUGUGAUCAAUAAUCCGAGCAAGAACUCUCUCCAUCGCUCCCAAUCGUCUUCACUUUCAUUGAACGAAGCGCACCCGAUGACUCUGGAGUCAUUGGUGGAUCUCGCGUUUGAAAUUUAUGCAGAUAUGCGGAAUGUGGGACCUAUUCGCCAUUUGCCUCACUUAACGAAUCUAUCGCCUAGUUCGCCCAUGGGCAAAUCUCGCAAGAGUGUUAGCAUCGGUUCUCCUCAGAUAGCGGCAGCAACGUCUACUUCAAGCUCUACUUCCAGUACGAUUGAACCCUCGGAUAUUGGGAUGACAUCGACUAUCUCCAUCUCACCUAGAAUGUCAUUUGCCGCAACGAGCACUUGUAUAUUCCAAGAGCUAAAUCCGACCUUGAAACCCAAUCCUCAGGCCCGUCGAUUACCAACGGAGCUGUAUCUAGCAUUAUUGCAUCUUUGUAUUCACGUAUCGACUUAUAGAAUCUCGUCACAGGUAGUUAAGACGAUUGUGGAUGAUAUGACUUCUAGCUUCGGUCGACAGCUGUACCAGUUGGAUUAUCAUUUGGCUGCAGCUAUGCAAUGUUUCCAUGAUAGUUGGAUGGUGUGUCCUCACAGAGACUCUUGCUUUGAGGACGCGGAGGAGAACUUGGUUCGAGCUGCAUGUGAAGGAGGGAGAGGUCAAACCCCGAAAAAGUGCAUUUAUUAUGAAUGGAUGUACCAAUCAGAUGAAUAUGUGGAAGAGUCUAUUAAUACCAUGAAGCAAUCAUCUGCAUUAUCUGCAGUUUCGGACGCGUCUUCAGUACUGAGUGGUGUUAGCAGCAAUACUGAAGUAAUGGGGGAUGUAGGCAAAUUGUCAUUAGAGGACCCUUAUUCGUCGCUGAAUAGUGAUUGUUCCGGAGCAGGGACCUGCAAUGAUCAAUUCUAUUGGGACAUGUGGUCAGCCGAGGACAAGGCAUUGAAGAACAUUCGAUUCACAACGGUCAAGGCUAAGAUGCUAUGGAAGCAUGUAGCACAGACUCUCUUGUAAUAAAGCAUAUACCAU